AACAGAGAAAAUUCCCUCUCCUUCUUAAUCGAAAAUCUUUGUUUGAUUUCUUUGUCUCUCCUUCUUCCCGCUUUCUUUUCCUCUUAUCAUUUGACAAUCUCAUUGUUUUAAUUCCAUUUUAUUGAUUUUUUUGACACGAAAACUAUUCAUUUUUUUCAAGCAAUGUGGUUCAUUGACCCAAUAAUUUCCGCCUUUUAUUUUUCCCAAUUACAGCCGGUUUUGUUAUGAAAUCAUCUGAUUAUAAAUUUUUAUUUGAGUUUUUGAUUAAAUUUUUCUGAAUAAUAAAGUAAAUUGAUAAUGGAUCGUGUAAUCGGUGGAAAAUUCAAAAUGGGCCGGAAGAUCGGAGCUGGAUCUUUCGGCGAGCUUUUCCUCGGGGUCAAUGUACAGACAGGGGAAGAAGUUGCGAUUAAGAUGGAACCUGUGAAGACCAAGCACCCUCAGCUUCACUAUGAAUCAAAGUUGUACAUGCUUCUUCAAGGCGGAACGGGGAUUCCCCAGCUCAAUUGGUUUGGAGUUGAAGGUGACUUCAAUGUUAUGAUUAUCGAGCUUCUAGGGCCAAGCCUCGAGGACUUGUUCAACUACUGCAAUCGAAAGCUCUCUUUGAAGACAGUUUUAAUGCUCGCAGAUCAGUUAAUCAACAGAGUUGAAUAUAUGCACUCAAGGGGAUUUCUUCACCGUGAUAUAAAACCUGACAACUUUCUAAUGGGUUUGGGACGAAAAGCAAAUCAGGUGUAUGCCAUUGAUUACGGCCUUGCUAAAAAGUAUAGGGAUCUUCAAACUCAUAAACACAUACCAUAUAGAGAGAAUAAGAAUCUUACUGGCACAGCUCGAUAUGCAAGUGUAAACACUCACCUUGGAGUUGAGCAAAGCAGAAGAGAUGAUUUGGAAUCUCUUGGUUAUGUGCUAAUGUAUUUCUUACAGGGAAGCCUUCCAUGGCAGGGCCUUAGAGCAGGAACAAAAAAGCAGAAGUAUGAUAGAAUCAGUGAAAAGAAGAUGUUAACUCCUGUUGAGGUACUUUGCAAGUCAUAUCCAUCUGAAUUCGUAUCAUACUUCCAUUAUUGUCGUUCAUUACGCUUUGAAGACAAGCCAGAUUAUUCGUACUUGAAGAAGCUUUUCCGUGACUUGUUUAUUCGAGAAGGAUAUCAGUUCGACUAUGUGUAUGACUGGACCAUACUCAAGUAUCCCCAGCUGACUGGUAGCUCUAAACAACGGCCAUCAAGUGGAAAAGUUGCUGUAAACACUGGAACAUCUGCUGAAAGAACAAAGAAGCCAUCAGCACGAGAAACCCGGGAUAGAGUUUCAGGUGCUGCUGAGGCAUUUACUAGGAAAAAUGCUUCAGGCAGCGGACUUCUCAGUGAUCAUUCAAAGCAGAAAGUAUCGGAGAAGGCAUCACCAUCGAAUGAUAGGGAUAAUGAUUCCGGAAGGGCACGAACUUCUUCCACCCGCCCUAGCAGCAUGUCCAAGAGGGCUGUUGCCUCGAGCAGCGGGCCAACCUCUUCUUUAGGGCCCAGCGAUAGUCGAUCAAGUUGGCUUCUUUCAGGUAGCAGUCGCCUCUCCACAAGCCAGAGAGUCCAUUCAAGGUCUGAGCAAAAAUCAUCUCUCUCCCGCGCUACGGUCUCAAAAGGUGCCCUUGAAGAACAGAAUCAGAAUCAAAACACCGAGAACCGGUCGAGGUUUAUGGAGAAGAGGAAGGUGUGAAUGUUGCAUUUGGUAAGAGAGAGAGAGAGAGCAGGCUCUUCUCGGUGUAGUCCUCGCAUUCCCAUCUCCUCGAUCGGAACGAAUUUAUUGCAUGCAUCAUGGGGUGUCGUUGCUGCCAAAUUCCAUAUUUUUUGAUGGAAUGUCGAAUUAUAUAUAUAUGUGUGUGUGAUCAUGUUAGUGGUUGUGAAGCUAUGUUGUUGUAGAGUUGAUGAAGAGAAAGAUACUUGGAUCCAGGCUU